AUGGCGGACCGUGGUGGGAGAGGUAGAGGUCGCGGUGAUCGCGGUGAUCGCGGCAGGGGACGAGGAAGAGGGGAUUUUCCUGGAGGGCGUGGCGGCGGUAGCGGCACGUUUUCUGGGGUAGGCUCUGGUGGUAAUUAUCGUGGUGGUCGAGGCGGUGGUGAGUAUCGUGGAGGGGGAGAGUAUCGUGGCGGAGGAGGAGGAGGGGGACGAGGUAGAGGCGAGUUCCGGGGCGGCCGAGGUGGCGGACGAGGCGGCCGCGGGGACAAGUUUGCGGGGGAGGAGGCGAUAUUCAAGGCGAAUGCUGUGGCCCAGCCGGAUCCGGCUAUCACCAAACUGGAAGACAACAUCCUUAAGGACUUGGAUAUGCAAACCAGGAUGUCCGCCCUCAAGGUUUCCUCCAAUAAGGGCUCAAAGCCCAUGUCCGAGGAGUUUUUACCUCUUCGACCAGCUUAUGGUACGAAAGGUACUGAGGUAACACUCUGGGCCAAUUACUUCACCUUGGAUGUGAAGACUCCAUCUCUAUAUAGCUAUGUUAUGACAGCUACAGAACAAAAAGAAAAGAAAGAUGAUGCAGAAUCGUCCAAAGAGAAACCUGCGGGGAAAGGCAAAGGAAAAGGCAAGGGGAAUGACAACGCCAAAAGUAAGGACAGGGAGGCAAAAGGCAUGAAACUCCGAGCUAUUAUUAAGUUAGCCUUGGAUCAGGUCGCCACAGGAAUUCCCCACGCGACUGAACAUAAAUCGCAGGUUGUUUCUACAGCCCCCCUCAAAUUGCCGGCCGGGAUGACAGUCGACGUCACAUAUACUGACGAGGGAAGAGGUGAUAUUUACAAGGUCAAAUUCGAUCCUGCACCUGACAUUAACAUGGACGCCUUAAGAGCCUAUAUUCGAUCAAUGCAGGCACCACCUGGUGAGAAUAACAGCUUCCCUAGAUGUUCCGAAGCUAUUGAUGCUCUGGGGAUCAUUACUGGAUAUUACGCACGAACCAACGACCGGGUCGGCUCUGUGGGUCGCAGUCGAUACUUCCCUAUGAAUAUGGAUUCGGAGAAGAACCAACUGGGAGGUCCAGAUCUCAAUACUGUUAUUCGUGGAUAUUUCCAAAGUGCCCGACCCGCGACAGGCCGGUUACUUCUAAAUGCCAACGUCACCCACGGCGUGUUUCGUCCUUCGGGACCCGUGCCCAAAUUAAUGGAUAGUUCUGAUCUCAAGAACAACCCGAGGGCUCUUGACAAAUUUCUCUCGGGGCUUCGUGCUUCGAUUAAGAUCCUGGCCACAAAGAAGGUCCCGGGCUCUAAAGAUUCUAAACCAUCUGGAGAAAGGACCAUGAAAAAGCUCAUUGCGGGCAUCGCGAUGCCAAACGACGGCAGAGGCAUUGCGAAUGGGCCACAGGUGAAACGAGAGGGCGCAGGGCCUUCAGAGGUGUCGUUCUAUUUGAAUGGAGAUGCUCCCCCUGGCUUAAAAGCAGGCCAAUAUUGUACAGUUACUCAAUAUUAUGAGAAGAAGUAUGGAUGGCGACCCAACGACAAAUAUCCGGUGGUGAAGUGUAACCGCCAGAAACCCACCUAUUUUCCAGCAGAACUGGUGGAUGUGAUUGAAGGGCAGGUUUUGAAACGGAAAACCACUGCAGAUGAGACUGCAAAUAUGAUUCUGUAUGCGUGUCGGUCGCCCUGGGCUAACGCAAUGUCGUUGAGUACUGUGGGCCGUAAAGUUCUGGGCCUUGACGGUAAUCCUAAACUUGCGGAGUUUAAGGUGACUGCUGGCAAGGAACUACUAACGGUGAAAGGGCGUGAACUCUUAGCCCCUGACAUCGCUUAUCUCGACCCUAAGAAUAAGAAGACGAGUGUUAAAGCAUUCGACGGAAGCUGGAAUAUGCGACAGGUGAAAGUCGUCAGGCCUGGUCGGCCGAUCACGAAACACACCCAUCUCACCGUUCAUUAUGGUCGUUACGACAAAGAUCAAAUGAAGAAUGCUAUGGGGGAGUUUGUACAGCACAUGAGAAGAACAGGCAUCAAUAUUGCCGAAAACCAGUAUUUGCAGGGCUCGGAUGCCUAUAUUCCGAGAGGCGCAUCACCGAUAGAUAUCCUGAAGGGCAAGUUUGCAUUUCUGUCCCGAGACCCUCCCGAUAUGCUAUUCGUUAUUCUUCCCGGUAGGAAGACGGACACAGAAAUAUACAAUGUCGUCAAGCGCCUAGGUGAUGUUGAGUACGGAAUUCCCACGGUUUGUGUCCUGCAAGCCAAUAUUGUCAAAUUACAACCACAGUAUUUCGCCAAUGUCGCUCUCAAGGUAAAUCUCAAGAUGGGAGGGGCAAACCACAAGCUCAGCAACGACGUCCCCCUCAUCAAGGAGGGGAAGACAAUGGUUGUCGGUUACGACGUAACCCAUCCGACUAACAUGGGGAAAAACACUGAUCAUCUGCCAAGCUUGGUCGGGAUGGUUUCCAGUGUAGACACAGAUUUGGCCCAAUGGCCUGCUGCGGCUUGGUCCCAGGACAGCAAGAAAGAGAUGCUCGAUGAGCAGCUCCUCAGAGAGAAAUUUAGUGAGCGCCUAGAUCUUUGGAAAAAGAAGAAUGGGUCCCGACUCCCUCAGAAUAUCCUCAUCUUCCGAGAUGGUGUAUCUGAGGGUCAGUUCAAACAAGUCUUGGAUAAGGAGUUGCCUUCGAUACGGGCAGCCUGCGCUUCUUUAUACCCUGCUACACAAUCGCCCAAGAUCUCGCUCAUUGUUUCCGUAAAGCGUCACCAAACGCGAUUCUACCCAACGGACCCAGCGCACAUGACAGGAUCUCGAAAUAUCAAGAAUGGCACCGUGGUGGAUCGCGGAGUCACCCAGGCGCUGAUUUGGGACUUCUAUCUUACUGCCCACCAGGCUUUACAAGGCACGGCACGACCCGCACACUACACCGUGUUGUUGGACGAAAUCUUCCGUUCUAGUCAAGGGACAGGUGCAGCCGACGCUUUACAGACGUUGACGCACGAGAUGUGUUACCUGUUUGGUCGAGCUACUAAAGCAGUUAGCAUUUGCCCUCCGGCAUAUUACGCCGACAUCGUCUGCACUCGUCAGCGGGUCUAUUUGUCUGACUACUUCGACCGCUCUGAUGUUGAAUCCACGACCACCGGUGUCUCAGCUGUUAGAUUUAACGAGGUCCAUAGAAACCUCAAAGAUACGAUGUACUACAUCUAG